GAUACCAGUUCAGACUUCAGUUUACCAGCAGCAGCAUAUGAAUUUCCGUUGUGAAAGCAAGUGACCAGGUUUGUGGCUGCUGUGUUUGCUUUUCCGCUGGCGAGGCACAGUUUGUCUAGCUGUUCCACUUCGCUCUUAUCUGCUCAGUGGGAAAGUCCCAGGCGAGCUCACUGCUCAAGUUCUGUCCCUCUACGAAAACAGGAGAAGUAGUAGCAUUAGUAACCAGUGCCACACACUAUACACUGAGGCACACACCCACUGAGACAAGUCACAUCAGCAUUACCUUCAGACUUCACCAGCACCACCACCACCAGCGCCACCAGCACCACCACCACCACCAGCGCCACCACCACCACUACCACCACCACCAGCAUCAGCAGCAGGCCGCAAGCAAACGCACAAUGUCGUUCAGCGUACCCGUGUGUGCACGCCGUCUCUCCUCGCAGCUGAGCCGCUCGACCGCGUUCGUCCGCACCGUGGCAACAACUGCGGUCGUGGCAUCAUCACCAUGCCAACCGCCCGUCCAACCUCCCUCGGCCAAUGCCCAAUCACCUACGAGCAAGUAUGAUCUGACAAUUCGUAGUGUUUACCCCACCGUCGAUAUACCUAGUGGAAACAUGCCAAUCCACAAGUUCAUCUUCGACAACCUGACGGACGAGGACGCCAAACGAACAGCCAUCGUGGACGCCAUAACAGGUCAGACGUUCACGUACGGCCAGCUGUACGAGAGAAUCCGCAAGUUUGGCUCGUCGCUAGUCGUGGACGUUGGCUUGCGGAGAAAUGACGUCGUCGCCGUGUACAUGCCAAACAUUCCCGACUACGCCACGGCGUUCCUGGGCGCCAUGGCAGCAGGUGGUGUGGUCACGUCCGUAAACUCACUCUACACGCCGCCGGAGAUAGCACGUCAGCUGGCAGACGCCAGUGUCAAAGUGUUGGUGACGUGUGCACCGUUCUUGGAGAACGCCACGCAGGCCGCCAAGCAACACGGUCUCCAGUCCGUGAUCGCCGUCGGCGUGACAACCGAGCAAGAACUCAACGGCGUUCGCGUCGUUCCCUUCUCGCAGCAUCUGGACAACAAUGGCAACUCCUUGCCGGACUAUACGUACGCAAUACAGAAAGAUAUCGCGGUGUUACCGUAUAGCUCCGGGACGACGGGGGUUCCGAAGGGAGUUCAGCUGACUCAUCGCAACAUCAUCUCCAACCUGAUGCAGGUGAGUGCGUCGCCGGAGAUUCUCUGCUACAGGCGCUGCGAGAACGAAUCCAUCCUGUGCGUGCUACCGUUCUUCCACAUCUACGGAAUGGUUGUACUCCUACUGACUGGCCUCUACCAACGUACUCGGCUGGUUACCAUGCCGAAAUUUGAACCCGAGCGUUACCUAGCAACCAUCCAGAAGGAGAAGAUCACGCAGUUGUUCGUGGCACCUCCGUUAGCCUUGUUCCUGGCUAAGCAUCCGAUGGUGUCUGAGUACGACUUGAGUAGUGCAUACUCGCUGUUGAGUGGUGCUGCGCCGUUGUCUGCCCAGUUAUCGGCGGCUGUUUCCGAGCGGCUGAACGGCUGCCGUGUGUUCCAGGGUUAUGGCAUGUCUGAGCUCAGCCCAGUCUGUCAUGUCACCCCGUACAGCACAGGUCGCCAUGGCUCCGCGGGUAUCGCUGUACCUAACACCGAGGUUACUAUCAUCAGCACCAAGGACCCCAACAACACGUACAUGCUUGGCAAGGGCGUCAGCGGAGAGAUCUGCAUUCGUGGACCACAGGUGAUGGCUGGGUAUUUGAACCGACCUGAAGCCACCGCGGCCACUAUAGACCGGGACGGAUGGUUGCACACCGGAGAUAUUGGUUACCAUGACAGCGAUGGCUACUUGUUUGUCACCGACCGACUCAAGGAGCUCAUCAAGAGAAAAGGUUAUCAAGUGGCACCGGCAGAGUUGGAGCGCGAGUUGCUGAGUCAUCCGCUCAUCGAUGACGCAGCUGUCAUCGGUGUUCCAGACGACCGAGAGGGAGAGUUGCCGCGUGCGUUCAUUGUCAGAAAGUCCGGCACCGAAAUGAGCGAGAAAGAUGUCAUGUCCUUCAUGGAAAAACAGGUUGCGCCGUUCAAGCAAUUAGACGGUGGAAUUGUAUUCAUGGACGUUAUCCCCAAGUCGGCGGCGGGCAAGAUCCUCCGCCGAGAGUUGCGCGACAAGUAGGCCAGGGCGGUUGCCAUGGUGAUCAGAACUUGAUCUUUACCCUAUCUAUGGCGUCGCCACAUGCAGGUGCAGCGUCGCUGUUUCCAGAAUUUCCCCGCGUCAUUGUCUUACGAUGUCGUAUUAGCUGGGGGAGAGAGAGAGAGUGUGUGUGUGUGUGUGUGUGUGUGCGCGCGCGCGCGCGCGUGUGCGUGUGAUUCUAACAUGACGGCGUACGAGUGUGUACGGUCGCAUUACCUUCGCCCACCCUUCCUUGUCAGCCCUUUGCUAGCUGCUAACACUUGUUGUAUCGUUAGCUGUAGUCCUCGUACUGAAGUGGACACUCAUACCUACAUAUCUGUUCUGUUCCGUCUUGACCCUGUAGACAUGCACUGUAGACAUG